AUGGAAUCGUCUGUCCCGGACGCGCCUGUGCCAGAUCAAAAGUCGCAGGACAACACUCCUGAGAAGCAGAAAAAUGAACAAAAGUCGUCGCUGAAUGGCCAUGUCGACGACAGUGCGCCGCAAUCAGCGUCCUGGUCAGAGUCCAGAGCCGUAUCACCACGUCAACAAGCGACCAAGACGGAACAGCAAGCCGACUCAAAGUCUGGAUCCACAGGACAGUCCGUCUCGGAACCGCUGCUGAACGGUGAUAACCCUGGAACUCAGGAUACGGAACCGACCGAACCUGCCACGGCCUUGGAACUCGCAGGUGAAGCUGUUCCAAAAAGCGAUUCAGAACCGAAGCGUAGUUCUGAGGCGCCUGCGACAUUAGAGAGCCGGAAAAGCCCUGUUACCCCGUCCAAGGAGCCAGAGAAAGCACCACCUGCAUCGGACGAAAAGGAUCAGAAGUCGGCACAGCAAUCCGAUAUCAUAGUGCCCGACCGAAGUACCGUUGCAAGCCGUGCGCCUGCCGGGAAUUCUGAUGUUGAGCCUGCUGCGGAGGAAUCUACCAACAAGAUGGAAUUAGACGCCGCGCAGGACACAGAGAUGACCGACGUACCUACUGAGAAGGCCGAAGAAGCUGUUGGGCCGCCAUCGACCUCUGGUGUGGCCACAAUCUCUUCUCAAGAUGCCACUGCCUUGCUGACAUCCGAGGUAGACGUCGGCUCAAAUAGCAUGUCGCAGCCGGCUAUCGAUACCACUGAGAAGCCCACUUCGCCUCCUGAACCCACGGGUGACAUGCCUAUGGUCGAUGCCCCCGGUGUCAAGGUUGCCCGUGAGAGGGAGCAUGACGCUAGUGAGGAGCCCGCACCCAAGAGAGCCAGAACUGAGCCAGCGGAAGACGAGACAGCUCCCGCGCAACCUACAACUGAUGUCUCUCCCGAUGCCCAGGCCGAGGUUGUCGUAUCUGGUACCGAAUCCGCCGGUCUCACCCCGACUGCCCUGGAUAAGCUCGCAAAUUGGCUGGACGAAGAAACCAACAAGCGAGAAAUUUCUCCAUUUCAGCGUCGAGAAAUGCGAAAGGUUAUUGGACGGGUCAAGAAGACCAAGGCUGGUGGUCACUUUCGAGAUUCCGUACAGAAACUGUGGCCGGCUCUGUGGGAUAGUUACAUUGCCAAGGUCGAUCGGCCGAUGGAUCUUGCUGAGCUUGAGAGGGGACUGCGUGAUUUGAACGGCCCGUACAAUACCUAUGGUAAAUUUCGAUCCGACCUGAGAUUGAUUUUCGAUAACGCACUGCUAUUCAAUGGUCCGCUUCACGAUAUCACCGCGUCGGCCGUCACAGCUGUUAGAGCUGUAUGGGAAGAGGUGCUGCCCAUACCUUCCGAAGAACCAGCAAAGCCAAAAUCGGUCCCCAAGGCGAAGCCCAUUCGCGAAUCACGUGCCGUGGCCAAUGCCGACGCAGCUCGCCGACAAUCCACAGGACCUACUGCCAGCCCGGUUGCUGAGACGCCUGCCAACAAACCUCCGGCGGUUGCUACACAAGAUCAGCCUGCGGAUCGUCGCAGUUCAACAGCGACGGAAGGAGAUAGGCCAAAGCGGACAGUGCGUGCUCCAAAGCCCAAAGACAUCGACUACACAACCAAGCCGUCCCGCAAGAAGCUGAAGCCUGAACUCCAAUUUGCUGAAGAGGUCCUUGCUGAGAUAAUGUCCGCAAAGAACCACCAUGUGAAUGCCUGGUUUUUGGAUCCUGUAGAUGCGGAAGGCCUUAACAUUCCUGAUUAUUACUCCGUCAUCAAAAAGCCCAUGGAUCUGAACAAGGCGUCGCGGAUGCUCUCUGGGGGUGAAAUCUCGAAUUUGAAAGACUUUGACAAGACAGUCAGGCUUAUUUUCGACAAUUGCUACAAAUUCAAUGGCCCUGUCGAGCAAGGAAACCCGGUGUCUGCUAUUGCCAAACAACUGGAAGAUCUCUACCUGGCGCAGAUGAAGGGCAAGGAUGCUUGGCUAGCCAAGUAUGCCAAGGCCAAUGCCCUUGCCUCUGCUUCUAACGCUAGUGACGAUGAUAGAGACGAGGAAGAAGAGGAUGGCGACGACGCUGCCGAUGCUCCUGUUGAUACCAAGGCUAUCGAAGAACUUCAAGCUAAGCUUGACGAAGAAACGAAGAAGCUCAAUAGCAUGUUCCUUACGCCAAACGAAAGCAUGAUUGAGAUUCAAAAGAACAUUGUCGACAUGAUCCAGAAGACGUUGAUUGAAAAGGCCCGGGAAAUCCAGUCGGCGCGUACCAAGGCCAAGACUGAGAAGCCGAAGAAAACUGGCAAGCCAGCCAAGUCGAAGACGGCAGGCCCUGGUGGCAGAAAGUCCACCGGCGGUGUCGCGCAAUCCAAGAAGGCCGGAGGUUCGAAAAAGGCGGCCCCAAAGAAGAGUCUGUCUGCGGCGGAUAAGGACCAAAUCGCAAACGCCAUUAAUGAUUUGGAUGGCCCUCACCUUGACCGCGCAAUCGACAUUAUUAAGCGUGAUACUGGUCAGAAUGAGAACAACGACGGUGAGCUUGAGCUUGAUAUCGAUCAAUUGAGCGGCGAUGCUCUUUUGAAGCUCUGGGAACUUUGCAAGAAAGCACUUCCCAACUUUGCCAAGGACUCGGCGCCUGUCACAUCAACAGAAGUCAAUCGACCUCCUGCCAAACAGGCCGCCGGCUCCAAAAAAGCCGCAGGAGGAAAAUCCAAGAAGAACAAGCCCAUGAACGCACAAGAACAAGAGGAACGCAUUGCGAAGCUGAAGGAACUCCGCGGGCUGUAUAAGGACGGCCAGGAGCCCGGUGAGGAGGCGAGGAUGGCGCAAGUGACACCUGGAGCAGAGACCAGCGACGAUUCCGACUCGGAGGAAGAGUAG